AUGAUUAAGAGGCCGAGAGUCAGCAAAGAGACGAAGAAAAAGCUUGGAAUAAAACUUAUCAAAAAUCUUAGCAGUUUGUCGACUGAGAAGCCAUUCAUCAAAUUAACAAAGAUGGAACCGAAGGAAGUUACUCCUAAAGAUCUCCAAUACCUUAAAUACACUGCUUUCUUAACUAAAUAAGAUGGAAGGGCUACGUAAUCAGAUGAUUGAACAUCUCCGGAAACUGAGCGCACUAAAAUCACAAAUCGUUGAAAUCAAAAUGAAAGAAAGAGAUUACAUGCAGGUUACGUACAACCUCAUCAUCCUAGAUAGGAGAAACAAAAGUCUGAUCAAUACUCUCAAUGAGGUAAUAAAGAAAACAAAGGAACAGAUACAUCUUCUUCAGCCGAAGUCUUCUCCGAAGUCCCCAUCAUGCAGGAGGUAUCAAAAAUAUUUUUAA